AUGUCGAUCCAACAAUAUGUACACUCUUGUAAAGAAGCCGUGCAGAUAGUUGUUCAAAUGCUUGAUAAAACACUACCGGAAAUCGAGAACAUUUUCGUGCUCCCGUGUAAGGAGAUGUUGAAGUUCUUGCCGUAUGGUGAAAUGGAAUGUAAAGCUAUCGCAAGCAGAGAUAUCCCGGCAAUUAAGCACUUCCUUGAAUCUGGACAUGCACCAGAAACUGUUUGCCAGAAGCUAAAGGCUUGCUGA